CCAUAUGGCUCUAUAUGAUGAAGAUCUCCUGAAAAAUCCGUUCUACCUGGCUCUUCAGAAGUGGCGUCCUGACUUGUACAGCAUGGUGGCCCAAGCCCAUGGGAUUGUCUUAGUACCUUGCAAAGGAAGCCUGUCAAGCAGUGUUCAGUCUACUUGUCAUUUUGAGUCCUACGUUUUGGUACCGGUGGAAGAACACUUUCAGACGUUGGAUGGGAAGGAUGUCUUUAUUCAAGGAAAUAGGAUUAAGUUGGGAGCUGGUUUCACCUCUCUCCUCUCAGUGCCCAUUCUUUUUGAGGAAACCUUCUACAACGAGAAGGAAGAGAGCGUCAGCGUUCUGUGUAUUGCUCAUCCUUUGGAAAAGAAGGCGAGUUCAGAAGAGCCUUCCAUACCACAAGAUCCCUUUUCUUUAAAAACCAUCGAAGAUGUAAGAGACUUUCUGGGAAGACACUCGGAGAGAUUUGACAGGAACAUCGCCUCUUUCCACCGAACAUUCAGAGAAUGUGAAAGAAAGAGCCUCCGUCACCACAUAGACUCAGUGAACGCUCUCUACACCAAAUGCCUCCAGCAGCUUCUGCGGGACUCUCACCUGAAAGUGCUUGCCAAGCAGGAGCCCCAGAUGAACCUGAUGAAGCAGGCAGUAGAGAUGUACGUCCAUCAUGACAUUUACGAUCUGAUCUUUAAAUAUGUGGGGACCAUGGAGGCCAGUGAGGAUGCUGCCUUUAACAAAAUCACAAGAAGCCUUCAAGAUCUACAACAGAAAGAUAUUGGUGUGAAACCUGAGUUCAGCUUCAACAUACCUCGUGCAAAGAGAGAACUGGCCCAGCUGAACAAGUGCACGUCGCCACAACAGAAGUUGAUUUGUUUGCGAAAGGCGGUGCAGCUGCUGACCCAGUCUCCCAGCCAGAGAGUUAACUUGGAGACCAUGUGUGCUGAUGAUCUGCUGUCAGUCCUGUUAUAUUUGCUCGUGAAAACAGAGAUCCCCAACUGGAUGGCAAAUUUGAGCUAUAUUAAGAACUUCAGGUUUAGCAGCUCAGCAAAAGAUGAAUUGGGAUACUGCCUGACCUCAAUUGAGGCUGCAAUCGAAUAUAUUCGGCAAGGAAGCCUCUCUGUUAAACCACCUGAAUCUGAGGGGUUUGGUGACAGGAUGUUCCUUAAGCAGAGAAUGAACUUGCUCUCUCAGAUGACUUCAACUCCCAUCGACUGCUUGUUUAAGCACAUUGCAUCAGGUAACCAGAAGGAAGUAGAAAGGCUUCUGAGCCAAGAAGACCACGAUAAAGAUGCUGUCCAAAAGAUGUGUCACCCUCUGUGCUUCUGUGACGACUGUGAGAAGCUCGUGUCUGGAAGGCUGAAUGACCCUUCCAUCGUCACUCCAUUCUCCAGGGAUGACAGGGGUCACACCCCACUCCAUGUGGCUGCUCUCUAUGGGCAGGCAUCCCUCAUUGACCUCCUGGUUUCCAGAGGUGCCGUGGUGAAUGCCACCGACUACCACGGGUCAACCCCUCUGCACCUGGCGUGCCAGAAGGGCUAUCAGAGCGUGACGCUCUUGCUGUUGCACUACAAAGCCUGUGCCGACAUGCAGGACAACAAUGGCAGCACGCCUCUCCACCUGGCCUGCACCCACGGGCACGAAGACUGCGUGAAGGCUUUGGUCUACUAUGACGUGCAUACGUGCCGACUGGACAUUGGGAACGAGAAAGGGGACACUCCCUUACACAUCGCUGCACGCUGGGGUUACCAGGGCAUCAUAGAGACGCUGCUACAAAACGGAGCAUCCACGGAGAUCCAGAACAGGCUGAAGGAAACACCACUCCAGUGUGCGCUAAACUCAAAGAUUUUGUCUAUAAUGGAAGCCAGUCAUCAGACCUUUGAAAGGAGGCAGAAAUCUUUGGAGGUCCCUGCCCAGUCCCCUCAGCGCUCUGUGGAUUCCAUCAGUCAGGGCUCCUCCACGUCCAGCUUCUCCUCUGCGUCGGCAAGCUCGAGGCAAGAGGAUCCCAGGAGGGACUACAGAGAGGUAGAAAAACUUUUAAGAGCUGUUGCUGAUGGAGAUCAGGAAAUGGUGCGCUACCUUCUGGAGUGGACGGAGGAGGAGCUGGACGAAGCGGAGGAUCCUGCCACUGCAGUGGACCUUGAGCUUUGUCACCCCUUGUGCCAGUGCGUCAAGUGUGCCCCCGCUCAAAAGAAGCUGGCAAAGGUUCCUGCCAGUGGGCUUGGUGUGAACGUGACCAACCAGGAUGGCUCGUCCCCUCUGCACGUCGCUGCUGUGCACGGCCGGGCUGACCUCGUCCUCCUCCUGCUUAAGCAUGGCGCCAACACAGAGAUCAGAAAUGCGGACCAGGCUGUCCCCCUGCACCUGGCCUGCCAGAAGGGCCACUUUCAGGUGGUGAAGUAUCUAUUAGAUUUGAGUGCAAAACCCAACAAAAAGGAUCUAAGUGGAAAUACACCCCUCAUUUAUGCCUGUUCCAGAGGGUAUCAUGAAGUCGCAGCACUCUUACUGCAGCGUGGGGCCUCCAUCAAUGUCUCUAACAAUAAGGGCAACACAGCACUGCACGAGGCUGUGAUAGGAAGGCACGUCUUCGUAGUAGAGCUGCUCCUGCUCCAUGGGGCGUCCGUUCAAGUCUUGAACAAGAGGCAGCGCACAGCUCUCGACUGUGCUGACCAGGGCUCAAAGAUCAUGGAAUUACUGCAGGUGGUACCAAGCUGUGUGGCCACAGUAGACAAUGCUGAUGAGACAGACCACAAAGAAUACGUCACAGUUAAGAUCAGGAAGAAAUGGAACUCAAAAAUAUGUGAUUUACCAGAGGAACCUUUUACAAGACAGUUUUACUUUGUUCCCUCAGCUGCUCAGUUAAAGGGAAAGACUUCAAGGGAGAUUAUGGCAAGAGAUCGAAGUGUCCCUAACUUGACUGAAGACUCACUGCAUCAGCCAGGAAGGCAAAGAGCCACACUGCCACGGACCCACCUGCUGGACCAGCGAGGGAAUGGUGACGAGCCCGAGAGGCCUGCCCUGAAGCAGAGCGCUCCCGGAAGCAGGUGGCUCCUCCGCAGACACACCCUCAAUGAUGUGGUUGUGGCAAGGGGCCCAGAGCCUGCCAGCAGCCUCACCAUGCGCCAGGAGCCUCAGGCUUCCCAUGCUGGACAGGAGUAG